UCUAUGUAUAAAAGGUUGGAAAACGAGAAGAAUUUUAUCAUUGAGAAAUACAUUUCUUGUAAUCCAAUACUCAAGAUGAAACACGCAGCUGUCUUCCUUGGUAUCGUGACCUUGUUCGCAACCCUGAUCCCACAGUCACGCGGUGUACCAACACCGGGAUGGGGAUCGGAAAUAACUGAUAAGUUGUCAGAUAGCAUUAAUAACGUUGCAAGCGGCGCCGGCAAUAUUAUCAAAUCUGUGGGAAAGACAAGCGACGAACUUUUUGGUGGAAUCACUGAUUUAGUACAAGGCGUUGUCUCCGGCAUCGGUGAAAAGGCUGGAGCUGAUAUUGCUGCGACUAAAGAAGCCGCGGAAGCGCAGCUAGCUAAACUAAAAUCUGGUUUUGAUGGUUUAAUCAAACAACUUGAAAAUGAGAUCUCUAAAGUUCAGGGAAUCACUGAACAGGAAAAAGAAAAAAUAGGUGCACUUGUUGCAAAUCUUAAGGAUUUAUUAGCCGAACUCGUUAGCGGAACCGUUGAAGAUAUCGAUGCUUUAUUAAAAAAAAUAAUUGAGACUUUGAAUGAAAUCGGCGAGCAACUUCAGCCAAUCUUAAAAAAAGUUUCAGAUGAUAUCAACAACCUUGUUCAAGAUCUAAUCAAAAAAUUGAAAACUAUAAUUCCAUCUGUUGUUGAAUUUAUCAAGAAAAUCUUGAAUAAAGGAGGCAACGCUAUCAAGGAGGCUCCCGAGGCUUUGGACAAUGUCGCAAAGGAUGGUGCUGCUAAAAUCGAAGAGGUAAAGAAGACAGUCGUCGAAGUCGUAAAGAACUUGAAAACUAAAAUUGCCGAAGUUAAAGAAAACAUACAAAGUGCCGUCAACGAUCUCGGUGAAAAGAUUAAAGAAAAGGCUGAAGCUGACGAGGCUUUCACUCAAGAAGCCUUAAAAUCAUGGUUAGCUAAACUUAAACCAGUUCUAGAUUCUGCCGUCGAAGGUAUUCAAAAUCUGUUCGACCAGAUACAGGGAUUGACUGAACAACAACGCGAACAAUUGAGCGCUACUUUCAAACAAAUCGCUGAUUUAUUAAACAAAAUAGUUAGUGGUGCCGUUGCAGAUGUUGAUGGUCUGUUACAACAAAUAAGUAAACUUUUGGAUGGAUUACUCGACACAAGUAAACAGAUUACAUAUGAUGUGUCAGAUGAUGUUGCGUCUACUGUUGAAAUAGUAAUCAACGGCUUAAAGUCAACCUUGGAGACGCUUAGAGGAGCUCUCAAAAAUGUAGGUCCAACAACCGAAGGCAAUGUAGAGGUUCCUACCAACGCCGUUCAGCAAGAAUAAGGAUACUGCUGUCCUCGAAUUAAAUCCUCGACCAUUUUCACCCACAAGUGCUAUUAUAAAUUAAAACAUAAUGAAUUGGGGUCGAGGUUAGAAGAUAUCGCUUUAAUAUCUGACUGUCUUGCCUAUACCAACCCACGUAACCACUAGCCCCAAAUAAAGCUAGAGACAAACUAAUUCCACGGACGCAACGUACGCAAUGAUAUAUGAACUAUAGAAUUCAUGCAAUAGAACCACACUCGUGCUGUAAUCUUACGCCUCCCACGCAACGUCCUGCAAUGUUUCCAGCGUCCUGCAAAAAAAUAUAAACUAACACGAAAGUUUACGUGGAAAGGUACCUAAUCAAUA